UAUAGAUGUAGGUAAGGAUAAGGACUCUUUACCUAGUACGGUAAUGGAUUAAAUCUCGUCUCAAAAUGAUACUUACUCCAAAAACAGCAAAGUCGUAAUGAUCCAAAGAUAUCAUAUUCAACAAAAGUAUUUCCUUAAUUUUAAACAUUUUUUUACUUAUCAUUAAGGUAAGGGUUUUUUACAAAAUAGAUAAUAUUUCUUCUUUUAAUUUAAUUAUAAGAAAAGCAUAACUAAAAUGGAACAACAAUAAAAUUUAUUAAUUAAUAUAAAUAUUAUUAAGUUAAAAAUGUGCAGUAAACACAUUGUAUUUAAAUACCCCUAGAGGAAGGGUAUGACUAUAGAGACGAGCUUUGAUGAUGCCGUUGGCGACACCGCUGAUCCUCGGACGCAGACAUCCUUCCGAUUGGCUUAGAGAGCACCGCUCGCAGCGGAGCGUGAAAAAUGCUCGUAUUUUGACUGGUAGCGGCGGCCCGCAGAACGAAUCUCCAUCUCCAGGAAGUUCACCCCGCUGCCGGGAGUUCCAGCUAUACGACGUUGGUGUGUGAGUGGGCAAAAGCCACCCCCGGGCGGCAAUCACAGCGCAUAUCUGUUGGGAUUUGUGUCGGGGUUCUGUGCUCUCUACUUUGCGCUAUGGCGCCGCCACGACCGACGACAAUGCGCCGAGGGUUGAUGCCUGUUAGUCCGGACCCAAAGCAGCGGGCUUAAUGGCUGGCCGGGCACAUAAAACCGGUGCGCACUCCUCGCCAGCUUUUAGUUGGUGCGGGCACGCGAGACGCGAAGAAACAACUCUCUCAAAGCGGAAAUCGUAAAUCGGAAAUGUGCUAAAGGAUAUACACACCGAGAUAAAGAUACGAGAUCAUGGCCGCCUGCUACAAUGCCUACAGCGCUGGAUCGCAGUCCUUCGAGUUCGACGAGGACGACGACGACGCCUCCUUCGACAGUGGCUACGAGAAGAGUUUCGAGACGGAGGCCCAGUUGAGCUCACGACGCCGCUUGGACUUCGGCACUCCGCCGACUCCGGCGAUCCCGCAACCGUACUCCGGCGGCACCUGGGACGCCGUACCGCUCAGCUCACCGCCGGCGGGCUUCGUGGGAUUGCUCGAUACGAGCAGCAAUCACAGCACUCGGAGCGGCAGGACACUGGUCGAGCACCUGAACAGUCGGGCCACGAAUGGCGUCUUCGAUCCGCCAUUGACCAGUACGCCGGUGAAGUCGCCAGAGGAUCCCGAUGCGCCGCGACCGAAACGCAAAUAUGCCGUCGGCAAGAACAGAGUAACUCGCUCGCGCAGUCCAACCCAAGUGGUGAAGAUCAAGCGAUUCCGACGCAUGAAGGCCAAUGACCGGGAGCGGAAUCGGAUGCAUAACUUAAAUGAUGCCCUGGAGAAACUACGCGUCACUCUGCCCUCGCUUCCCGAGGAGACGAAGCUGACGAAGAUCGAGAUCCUGAGAUUUGCGCACAACUACAUCUUUGCCCUGGAGCAGGUGCUGGAAAGCGGAGGUUCAAUCAACCUGGAUCUGGAGAAGCUGCAGAACUUCACGCUGAGUGGCGAGAGGAUCACCAAGGAGCUCUUCGAUGCUCUUUUCGUGAAUCCACAGCCGUAUCCCAUGUUCGGACGAAUGUUCCCCUAUGGCCAGGGAAUGGAGCCUCUUGCACAGCACCAGACUGCUCCAGCAUCGCACGCGGGGCAGCCGCCGGCAAUGGGUGGCUUUCAGCACGGCAUGGACUAUCCGCAGCAGCCACCAGGAUUCGACUUUACAGGCAGCAUGCGGUUUUACCACCAACAGCAACAGCAGCCGCAUCAGCCUCACCAUCUGCAGCCUAAUCCCCAGCAGGAGUCCAGCCCGCAGCAGUUUUCGCAGGAGAAAUACGAUCUGUUCAGGGGAUCCUUUGAUGCAGCUGCCAAUAUUCAUCCUACGAACUUGGAUUCUGGGAUUCACCAGCAGAGCAGUUUCUACUCGCAAACACCGCCAUGGAAGGACUAUCCGGAGGAUCAGGCACACGUGCAUCCCGUUGCACAUACACACAGCUACAAACACUUCGCCCCGCAGGUGUAGCACAGUUUUGGGGGCCAAACUACGAUCUUAGGGUGUUCAGCGUGAUAUACUAAAAGAUUGCCGGGAAUUGCAGGAAACUGAUCAAGGGGAAUCCCCCGAAGCGAUUUGUCCUUGACUUACUUUAAAAACAGAACUAAAGUAACUUAUGGGUUCUAUCUCCGGGUUUUCCUUCCUCACUUUUCUUAACUUUCCUGCAAUCCGUUGAUAUUGGAAAUAAGCGAGGCACCUAAUUGACUGCUGAGAUUAUCCUCAAGUUUGGAAAUGAAAUAUCUAUGAAAAUUUCAUAUUUCAUGCUUGCUAUAAUCUUUGAACUCAAUUAGUUUCAUGUUAUAGAGGGAUCCUCAAUAGAUUAACCAAUAUAAAGCCAAACAUCCAAGGUAAAGUUUCACUAACUCCUUAUUACUUUAUUUCUUAUGAAUUUCCAUAAUAUUUGCAUUCAUUGGCUUUUUUCCUGUGGAUCCCUGGUGAAUAUUUGAAUCAAAAGUGCUUAGAAUAAUCAAUUUUUCAAAAAGCACUUUUCUUCUCAACAUAUUCGUAUUCUUCUUGACUAUAUAGUACAAAUCGGUUGUCCAUUUAGUGUAAGCGAUACGUACCUUGCCAUUCUAGACUUAAGACCUAUCUAUAAGGAUCCUUGAAAUGAACCAGGUAUUAGCCAUAAUUAACUGUACAAUCGAUUAAGUAUGUAGGUUAUGCCAGAUUCUAUAUCAGUUAUUGCAAUGCAAGGAAAGCGAGCUAGUCAGGGCCAGAACUUUAAGGUGAUAAGAUUGAAUUUCGAUGUAAAGCCAUAAAGAUUUAUUUUUGCAAAUAAAGUUGACGAUCAAAACGA